AUGCAAAUCACGCUUGCAUUGGUCGAUUUCAUCUCGAGUUGUGCAUUCCCAAUUGCAAUCUGUAUUUUCCUGUUCGUUAGUGGCCUGUACAUCGUUCAUAUUAUUGCAAUCUCCUACGCGAAGUAUCGUUUGCAUCGACCAAUAACCAUGAGGAGCGAUACAGCUGGAGUAUCAAUUAUCAAGCCAUUAGUUGGCACUGACGAAAAUUUAUUUUUCAACCUCGAAAGUUUUUUUAAGCUGAAAUAUCAUUGUUAUGAAUUGCUGUUCUGUUUGCAUGAUGCGAGUGAUCCCUCUCAAAAAGUCGUUGAAGCUCUAAUGAUGAAAUAUCCAUAUAUUGAUGCACGCCUUUUUUGUGGUGGUAAUGUUGGAUUAAAUCCAAAGAUUGAUAAUAUGGUGCCUGCUUAUCGUGCCUCGAAAUAUCCAUUAAUUCUGAUCAGUGAUAGUGGAAUUUAUAUGCGUGAAGAUGCGUUGAUGGAUAUGGUAAACGCUAUGAGGGAUGAUGUAGCACUAGUAACACAGAUGCCUUUUUGUGCCGAUAGACCAGGUUUCGGAGCUAAUCUUGAGCAGAUAUAUUUUGGUACGGGGCAUGCGCGUAUCUACUUAGUUGCUAAUUGUUUACGUUUUAUUUGUUCUACGGGAAUGUCAUCGCUAAUGAGAAAAUGCGCUCUGGAGGAUGCUGGCGGCAUGGAAAAUUUCGGUGAUUAUCUUGCUGAGGAUUACUUCUUCGGUGUUGCAUUUGCUAAAAGGGGAUGGAAAAUUGCCAUUUCUGGUCUACCUGCGAUGCAAAACACAGCAAGACCCGAUCCGAACACUUUUCAUGAACGUAUAUGCAGGUGGAUAAAAUUACGUAUAGCAAUGCUGCCUCAUACGAUAAUAUUGGAACCUUUGCAAGAUUGCUUUCUAUCUGGCAUACUCGGAUGUUGUGCUGUCUUAAUUCUUUUUCCAUCUUCACCAACUUACAUUCUUUAUUAUUUUAUUUUUCAUCUCAUUUACUGGAUAUCUUGCGACUACACUUUGAUCCACUUCGUUCAGAAUGGACCACUGCCAUUUUCCUUUGCACAGUUCCUGUUUAUUUGGCUGUAUCGUGAAAUACUUUCUUUUCCAACUUGGUGCCGUGCGCUGCUGAAUCCAAACAUCAAAUGGCGAAAAGGCAAUUUUCGGCUUUGUUGGGGUGGACGUAUCGCGCCACCAUCACGUUCACCCAAAAAAUUGAAUAGUUGUUGA